CUAGAAACAAACAUACUGAGCUGUAGAAUUGAAUUUGUGUAUGGGCACCUUCUCUUCUGUUGUUCAUUACAUUCUUCCAUCCCCAAAGCAUACUUUUCUUUCUGAUCCCAAAGGUUUUUUUUUUAUUUUUUAUUUUUGAGCUUUAUUUGUUACAGAAAAUUUUUAAUUCUUCUUAACAAGAUUUGAAAUCCGAUCUUGUGAUUACAAUCCUAACAUUUAUUCUUCCUUUUAUGAAAGCUUAUUUAGUUAUAGUCUAUGGGAUUCUUGAACUUUUAUCUCAAGCUCAAGGCAUUUAGGUUUAGAAGACUGCUUAACAAAGGAAGCGAUGAAGAGGGUGAAAAACGCAACUUCAUGGUAAAUGGGAAGAGGACUAUAUCCCAUGGAGAUGAAUCCAUAGUGGAAACCUGGUCUUUUGGUGCUAAACCCGUUGAUCAUGACAUUAUGGUCUCAAAAAGAGAAGAGAUUCAAGGGAAUGAGUUUUGGGUCUUUGGGAUUUUCGAGCCUCGAAUUGGCGACGAAAUUAGCAAUUCUAUUGAGACACAUUUGUUCAAUCACAAAUCUCAACAGUGGCAUUUGAGGAAGAAAAGCAAGGAGAUUUUGAGAAAGGCACAUUUGAAUUGUAGAGCAAAAUUGAGAGAAGAGGAGACAGAUCAUAUGAGUUCAGCAACAGCAAUAGUUAUCAAUAGAGAAAAGCUUGUUGUGGCUAAUAUGGGGGAAUAUAAAGCAAUUUUGUGUAGAAAUGGUAAAGCUCAUCAUAUCAAAGAAAAGAAACAAGGAAGAGGACUCACAAGGCAAUGGUCUCGGCAAUUCAUCCCAAGCUCGUUUCGUAGACCAAAAGUGCGAUUACUAAUUCAUGAUCCUGCAAGGCGUCAAAAAGUAAUCAAACCUUCUAAAACCACAACAAAUAUUGUCGUGGAAUCUCAUGGAAUUGACUCUCAAACUGAAUUUAUCAUCUUAGGUAACGUGGGCAUUUGGGAGGUAAAUAACCAAAUUUACAUGAAAUUUUCUACCAGGUUAUUACUGCUCAAAAUUUAUUGUUUUUACAGUGAAUUAAUUGAAUAUAAAUGAAGGUGAUGAAGUAUCAAGAGGCAGUUGGCCUAAUCAGGCAUAUUGAAGAUCCACAAGAAGCUGCUGAAUGCUUGGCUAAAGAGGCUUUGGCAAGAAUGAGCAAAAACAUAAUCUCCUGCUUAGUCAUUCGAUUUGAUUGAAUACAACUAAUUUUUGCAGUAAUUAGUCUACAUUAUUAUUACCAACCAAUAUAUGAAAAUGUUGUAUUUCAUGCAUUAAUUUCUAGGGAAAAAUAGGUACAAUGUAACAAUUGGUUGCAAGUUUAGAG